AUGGGAAAUAAUUCUUCGACACCAACGAAAAAGAAACCAAUUAAGAAGAAACAACAAUCAUUUUGUUGUCCAUGUUUCUCCGGACACUCCGCAUCGUCAGCAUCGUUAUCUAGCGACGAGAAAUAUUUUCCAACAUUCGAUCGUAUUAAAUCGAAUGAUAAAACUUACCCAUCGCCUCCACUUGUUAUUAAUGCAAUACCAUCAACAUCCAUCCACACUCCGAAUGAAAUUGAUAAGAAUCUAUCAUCAGCUAAGAAUCGUCGAUCGGUAUCUUUGCAUAAUGUUAUUUCAACUGUCCCAGACAAUGCCAACGACAAUCAAAACAAUAUACAGCCUCAAUGUAAACCACCUUUACCGCCGGGUAAAUCUCGAACUGUUACAAAAUUACCACCAACGGGUCGUUCAUUUCGUGGUACACUUGCUGAAACCAAACGAUCCUACUACUCGCAAUCGAUCGAACACGCAAGAUUAUCAAUCGAAGAUCUCGAGAAAUCUUUGCAUGGUGCAUCGAGCAUUGAUCAAUGGAUCGAUUCACUACGCAUACUUGGCACACCAUCAUUAAAUCGAAAUAAAGCCACUCGAACAGUAGUAUCAACGAACAAUAACAAAAAAAUUAAACGAAGUCGAACGAUAGGUGAUGAAUGUGAUGAUAGUGAGAACAUUCUCAACGGCUCAUAUAGACAAGAAAAUUGUGCUUUGAUUGAUAAACAGUCUUCUUCGUCCAAGCCUGAUUUCCCUCAUAUAUUAACAUUGAAAUUCAAUCGUGAUUUCCUCAGCUUUGCCAAAUCGGUUGAGUUGAACUUUCAUUUCCAAGAUUUCCUCACACGAAUUGCCAGCUCCAAGGCAAAGCAAACAUUCAAACAUCACUUUCAACUUGCAACAAUCAUCUAUCCGUUCGCUGGUGCUGAUCAGAUCUUAGCAGAUGAUCUCAAUCUCUUUCAUAUCACUCCAUUCGAAUCCAUAUUACCCGCUCUGUCCUCGAAUACACACAGCACUUACAAGACUUGCGAACAAAUUCGUUCGAAAUGUUAUUUUGUCCCCGGAAUAGAGUACAAAAUCGAAGCAGAUGACGAAGAGUAUCGAAAGAAACGGAUCGAACUGGAUCGAACGCAUGUGGUCAUCACAUUGGAGAACAAAACGAAAGAAUCUACUGAUUCGACGACAACAGUACCUCCAAUGAAAAAAGCGCCAGUGGAACAAGAUUCUCCAUAUAUUCUUACAUCGGAUGAUUUCUUUCAAACAGGUUUUAUUCGUAUCGAACAAGAGAAGAUUCCAAAGCAAUUAUUAUCAUUUAUCUAUCACUCAUCCGAAACAAAUCUCUACUAUCUAUCAUCAAACCUCAUUCAACAAUGGUUUCACACAAUGAUACUCGUCAAUCAGACGUGUGCAAUCGCAAAAAGAUUUCUAACAGGUGAUGGAAGUCAUAUAACGUGUUUAAUUAAACAACAAAGCAAUCAUACAAAUUCAUUGCCAUCGGAGAAUAAUAUCACAUUCGCUGCUCUCCGUUUACCUCCAUGUUUAUCAUUAAGUGAUUCGUUACAAACGAAUCUCGAAGAUGAAGACAAGUCAUGUAUAAUUGACGCAUUUUCGUCGACAUUUCUAUCUGAUAACAAAAAAACUGCUACUGAUACCAUUCAUAUCGAUUACGAACAAUACUCAUUUGCUUUCCUCGUUCAACGUUGGCCAAAAGCUCUACUGGACAAUUAUUAUACAGAUUCGAAACGUAAUUGUCAACGCAAAUGGCCAUCGAAGUAUCAUCUGAAUAUCAUCAUCAAAAAACCCCUUUUACUUAUACCAAGUCAAAUUGACCAUCAAUGGAAAACAAAUUUUGAUCUUAUCGAACAGAGUCUAUUCGAACUAAUGAACGAAUCAACCAUAUGUUUCUAUGUUUUAUGUCAACAAUUACUCUGUCAAACAAUCGAACAACGACCAUAUAUCAAACAUUGCUUUUUGAAUUACUGUGAGAAAUACGGCCUACCUUUUUCCAAUCAUCGCGAACAUUCAAAUGAUAACAUUCACGAAAUGAUGGUACACUUUCUGAAAGAGAUUCACCUACAGUUAACAAACAAGUUCCUUCCUAAUCAUUUUAACCACCAGGUGAAUCUCUAUGAAACAACUGACUCGUACAAUCAAUGGACUGCCCACCUUAAUCAAUGUCUGAAUGAUCGUAUUCGUAUACCAACACCGUCGUCAACAAUAACAAUCUCAAAUCGGCCGGUGAUUAUGGAAUUUUUAUUUCAUUUUAUUGAUCAACUUUAUCAAACAUUUCAUAUAAAACGAUCACAGUUUCAUUUAAAUGAACAUGUUCUCUUGGAUUUGCACAAACAACUGUGCGAGAAGCUCUCCAAUGAUACGAAUAAUAACAACAGUACAACCUUGCAGAAAUUUAUCACUCACUUAUUGAAUAACCAGCAAUUAGUCGAGCAAAUUCAAACGAAUUUAACCUACGAUUUCGAAACUAACGCUGAACUAGUACAUACAUGUUUAAAUCAAGUCCGAAAAGCGGAUUCGUCGUUGAUCUUUCACUAUACAUGGACUAUUUAUAUUCAAUACUUACAUACAUAUUACAAUGUUCUUUGGAAUAUAUGA